AUGUUCUCGGUAAAUGGUUGUUUCCACCGGUUCUGCUUUUCCUGCAUGAAGCAACAUAUUGAAGUGAAACUGCUCGGAGGGCAAACUGCUAGUUGUCCGAGUGAUGGGUGCAAAUCAGAAGUAAAGAUGGAGUGUUGUGCAAAAUUUUUGGAUCCUAAGCUGGUUGAUGUGAUGGUCCAACGCAAGAGAGAAGAAUCGAUCAGUGUUUCAGAUAAAGUCUAUUGUCCAUAUCCCACGUGUUCGGAACUGAUGGUCAAACAUGAAGUCUUGGAAUAUACCAAACAGUUUUUCCUUGGUGCUGAGCAAUCUGGAGCGAGAAAAUGCAUGAAAUGCGGGCUGUUUUUCUGCACCCAGUGCAAGGUACAGUGGCACUAUAAGAUCUCCUUCGAUGACUACAGAAGAUCAAAGGGCUAUCAGAAUGCCGGGGAUGGAAUGUUGAAGUCUUUGGCACAGAGCAAGCGUUGGCGACAAUGCAUAAAGUGUAACAAUAUGGUUGAGCUUGUUUGGGGAUGCUACCAUAUAACCUGCAGAUGCGGAUACGAGUUUUGUUACACGUGUGGAGCUGAAUGGAAGUUGAAGAAAGCAACAUGUUCGUGCCCGAUCUGGGAUGAGCGGAACAUAAUCCGUCAAAGCAAUGUGAAUCCUAGGAAGUGA